CUUAGAUCUCGCGGAAUUACUCCUCUUUGCUCUAAUGGAAAACCAUCUUCCCUACUUUUUAACCCUUUUCCCCUUGGUCUACUUCAUAUUCAUGGCCUUGAGGACAUGGAUGAAACCCAAAGCCAAUGGCUCUGCAUCAAGGCUCCCACCAGGUCCACCGAAAUUACCUCUCAUAGGAAACUUGCACCUCUUCAUCGACACCGAAAUUCAUCGCUGCCUUGCUCGCCUGGCCCAGAAGUAUGGUCCCGUGAUGCACAUGCAACUUGGAGAAGUACCGACGGUCGUUAUUUCAUCACCAGAAGGAGCUAAAGAAGUGAUGAAAACCCAUGACUCCAUUUUUUCCGAGAGGCCUUAUCUCUAUGCUGCUGAGUCGUUAACUUACAAUUUUAAAGAUAUUGCGUUUUCCCGUGGUGAAUACUUGAGACAGAUACGUAAAAUUUGUGCAACGGAGCUGUUGAGUCAGAGAAGAGUUCAAUCAUUCAGAUCAAUCAGAGAAGAAGAGAUGACUAAUUUAAUUAGAACCAUCUCAUCAAAAGCUGGACAGUCGAUUAAACUGAGAAACAUGUUGUUUUCUUCGGCACUUAGCAUAAUCUCAAGGACAGCCUUCGGUGGCAAAUGCAAAUACCAAGAAGCAUUUCAGAAACUUCUCCCUGAAAUUGCAGAAGUGUUCGGUGGUCUCAGUAUUGUUGAUAUGUAUCCUUCCAUCAAAUUGCUGCAUCUAAUCAAUAAAAUGAGGCCUAAAAAUCAGAGAUUGUGUCAGAAAGUGGAUGAGAUUCUUGAAAACAUCAUUCGUGAACAUAGGGUUAGAAAAUCAACAGCAAAGGGAGGUGAAGAUGAAGUAGCUGAUGAUCUUGUGCAAGUUCUUCUGGAUAUUCAGGAUCAUGGAGACCUUGAACUUCCCUUAUCAACCUCUAGCGUCAAAGCAAUUACCUUGAAUAUGUUCGCUGCUGGAGGUGAUACAUCAUCUACAGUUGUAGAGUGGGCGAUGGCAGAAAUGUUGAGAAAUCCAAAAAUAAUGGAGAAAGCACAAGCAGAGGUAAGGUGUGUCUUUGCUGGAAAAAGAGAUAUAGAUGAAGCACGAGUUCAUGAUUUGAAGUACCUCAAUCAAGUCAUCAAAGAGACACUAAGAUUUCACCCUCCUGCUCCUUUGCUACUUCCAAGAGAAUGCCAAGAAAGCUGUGAGGUAAAUGGGUGGGUGAUACCUGCCAAAACCAGGAUCAUGGUGAAUGCGUGGGCAAUCUGUCGGGAUCAAAAUUAUUGGGCUGAAGCUGAAAAGUUUCAUCCUGAGAGAUUUAAUGACAACUCAAUUAGCUAUAAGGGAACAGAUUUUCACUACAUUCCAUUUGGUGCUGGAAGAAGAAUUUGCCCAGGAAUGUCCUUCGGAAUUGCCAAUGUUGAGCUUACACUUGCAAAUUUACUCUUCCAUUUCGAUUGGCAGCUUCCCCAUGGAAUGAAACCUGAGGAUCUAGACAUGACCGAAGUGUUAGCUGGUGUAGUGCGAAGAAAGGUUGAUUUGUGCUUAGUUCCCAUUCCACGUGAUUUUGGGAUCACUUCGGAAUAAUAUAUUUCUUCAGCCAAUAAAUGUUUAUUACAACUUCAAUAGUGAUUAAUUAUUGUGCUUGGUCGAAUACUUGCCGUUUCACUCGUAAUAGUUUUCUUAUCAUGUCUUACGCACGUGAUUAAUGUUUUGUCUCAUUUGCAAGAUAUUAUUAUAAAUUUAUAAUAAAAUAUAGAUACUUGU